GAGAAGAUGGGCAUCCUCAGCGUAGACUUGCUGAUCACACUGCAGAUUCUGCCAGUUUUUUUCUCCAACUGCCUCUUCCUGGCACUCUAUGACUCGGUCAUUCUCCUCAAGCACGUGGUGCUGCUGCUGAGCCGCUCCAAGUCCACUCGCGGGGAGUGGAGGCGCAUGCUGACCUCAGAGGGAAUGCGCUGCAUCUGGAAGAGCUUCCUCCUCGAUGCCUACAAGCAGGUGAAAUUGGGUGAAGAUGCCCCCAAUUCCAGUGUGGUACAUGUCUCUAAUUCUGAAGGAGGUGACAACAGUAGAAAUGGUGCCCAGGUGAAGAUAGUUGAUGGAGGCGAGUGCCACCUUCUUGACUUUGCCAGCCCUGAGCGUCCACUGGUGGUCAAUUUUGGCUCAGCCACUUGACCUCCUUUUACUAGCCAGCUGCCAGCCUUCAGCAAACUGGUGGAAGAGUUCUCAUCAGUGGCUGACUUCCUGUUGGUCUACAUUGAUGAGGCUCAUCCUUCAGAUGGUUGGGCAGUGCCUGGUGAUUCUUCUUUGUCUUUUGAAGUGAAGAAGCACCGGAACCAAGAAGACCGAUGUGCAGCAGCCCACCAGCUUCUGGAGCAUUUCUCCUUGCCGCCCCAGUGCCGAGUUGUGGCUGACCGCAUGGACAAUAAUGCCAAUGUAGCUUAUGGUGUAGCCUUUGAACGUGUGUGUAUUGUGCAGAGACAGAAAAUUGCUUAUCUAGGAGGAAAGGGGCCCUUCUACUACAACCUUCAAGAAGUCCGGCGUUGGCUGGAGAAGAAUUUCAGCAAAAUGAAAUCUAGAUUAGCUGGUUGA